CUGAUCCAGAGCAGAGACCCCACAGACGCGUGCCGUCCCGUUCCGAACCGGAACCGCAUCACGUACCAGGGCGCGUGGCCUCUCACCCUGCAGCUGCACGCGCUCCUCUGCACAGAUAAACCCGGUCCCGCGUCGACAUGGACCCGGUCUACUCCGACAUCGACAGCAACAGCUGCGACUUCUUCCCGCACACGGACGACGAGGACCCCCGCAGCCCCCCCACCGCGUCCCCGCACGCGUCCCCUCCGGAGCAGCAGCAACAGAGGAAGCGGCGCCGCGGACGCGCGCGGAGCGACGCGACGGUGCAGGUGGUGAAGAAGAACCGGCGUCUGAAGGCCAACGACCGGGAGCGGAACCGUAUGCACAACCUGAACGACGCGCUGGACGCGCUGCGGGGGGUCCUCCCCGCGUUCCCGGACGAAACCAAACUCACCAAGAUCGAGACUCUGCGCUUUGCGCACAACUACAUCUGGGCGCUGUCAGAGACCAUCCGCAUCGCCGACCUGCAGGCGGGAAAGCCCGGUGACGCGCCUCUGCUCCUCAGCCCGGCUCCGAGCCCUGGCAGUGACGGCUGCUCCUGGAGCUCCGGCGGCUCGUCGUCCUCCCCCUCCCCGUCUUACUGCGCCUCCAGCCCGGGCAGCCCCGCCCCGGAGGACUACGGAUACCUGCAGCCGGACCCCGUGUACGGCUUCCACAGCUUCUUGCCCGGGAUCUACUGAGACCCGGACCGGACCCGGACUCAGAGACAGGAGAAAUGACCCAGAGCGGAACCGGGUCCGGGUUCUGCUUCACUGUUUGCCUUAUAGAACUCAGGUCCGAAUGUGGAUCCAGAUCAGACUGAAAUAACUUAAGUUGUGUUUUGUUUUAGUUUUCAUUUUGUUGUAUUUUUCUCCUGAACCUUUGCACUUUGCUCCCACCCCCCCACCCGGAGGUUUUACAGUUUUUAUAGAUGACUUUUUUUCUCGGGGGUGAAAAGUCAAUUUUACAAUUUGUCGAGUGAUGGAGCAGAAAAGAGAGCGUGGAAAUCCAGUUUCUCCGCUUUGACAAUAGACUGAAUGGAACUGCCCUCAUUCAUUAUGUAUCCUGACCCCCCCACACCAACACCCCCGACACAUUCAUCAUCAUCUUCACCCCCCCACCCCCCACCCCUUAGAUGAUGUUUGCUUUUAUUUAUUACUCCAUUUGUUUUACUUUUGUCUUGUUAUUAAAUCUGUAUUUUGUACAUAGAGAGAUUUUUUAUUCUAUUU